CACAGAGUUACAACAUGCUCUUUCGAUAUCCAAGACCCUGAUAACUAAUCACCACCACCGCUUUCUUGUAUAUAGACACGUUCGCAAUGCUUCUCCUCACUAUUCCCACAUCCCGCUUCUACACAUCGACACAAUGGCCCCUACCCGCUUUGAAUCCGAGGAGGUUGACGUUUCCCCGCUGGGGCAGCCGCUCAAGUACGAGUUCUCCGGCCGCACCGCCAUGAACCGCUUCCUCAAGGCCCCCAUGACCGAGAGGCUGUCGUCCUGGGACCCUAAGGUCAAGGAGAACCGCGGCAUCCCCUCCAAGGAGCUCAUCAACCUGUACAGGAGGUGGGGUGAGGGUGGCAUUGGUGUCAUCGUCACCGGCAACACCUUCUGCGAGUGGGACGACAUCGAGGCCAUGGGCAACCCCAUCAUUCCCACCGAGGCUCCCUUCGAGGGCGAGCGCUUCGAGGCUUUCAAGGAGAUGAACCUGGCUGGCAAGAAGCACGGCUCUAUCAUGCUCACCCAGGUCAGCCAUGCGGGCAGACAAGUUUGGGACGCCAUUCAGCCCAACCCCAUCUCUGCGUCUGACGUUCGUCUUGAAAAAACCGUUAUGGGCAUGAACUUCGCCAAGCCCCGCCCCGCUACGCAAGAGGACAUUAACCGGGUCAUCGAGGGCUUCGCCCACGCGGCCGAGUACGUCGAGAAGGCCGGUGGUGACGGUAUCCAGGUGCACGGCGCCCACGGGUACCUGCUGGCGCAAUUCCUCAACCCCGAGACCAACAAGCGGACGGACCAGUACGGCGGACCGAUCGAGAACCGGGCGCGCAUCAUCACCGAGAUCGCCAAGGCGGUGCGCAAGCGGACUCAGCCGGGCUUCGUCAUGUCCAUCAAGCUCAACUCGACCGAGUUCCAGGACAAGGAGUUCCAGGCGGCCGAGGCCAAGAAGCUGUGCGCGAUCCUGGAGGAGCACGAGUUCGACUUUGUCGAGAUCUCGGGCGGCUCGUACGAGGACCUCGGCUUCCUGCACAACAAGCGCGACUCGACCAAGAAGCGCGAGGCGUACUUUUUCGAGUUUGCCGAGAUCAUGGCCCCCAACCUCAAGAAGACCAAGGCCUACCUCGUGGGCGGGCUCCGCACCGUCGGCGCCAUGGUCAAGGUCCUCAACACGGUUGACGGCGUUGCCCUCGGCCGCCCCACGUGCCAGGAGCCGCGCAUCUGCAAGGACAUCAUCGAGGGCAAGGUCAAGGGCGCGAUUGUGCAGAAGAUCGACGCCGGCGACUACCUGAUGAACACGGUCGCAGCCGGCAUGCACAUGAUGCAGAUCGGCAAGGACCGUGAGCCCAUCGACCUGAGUCAGCAGGAGAACUUCGAGGCCUUUGCCACCGACCUCGGCGCCUGGGGCCAGAAGAUGGCCACCAACUCGGACCUGCUGCACUACGGCUGGGUCGACCAGACCAGCGGCAAGAUCCUUCCUUACGGCGUCACCGAGAUUGCCGCUUAGAUAUGUCUUUGAUGUAUGUAUGUAGACUACGAUACCAGGCAUCGUUUGCCGCUAGUUAGACAGUGAAAGACAAAAGACU